AUGGGAAAGUUUUGGAAGAAGUUUCGAUGCUGCUGCAGAUCAAAGGACGUUAUUGAGCCGACGAUUUUUCAUGAAAGAGUGAUUGAUGAGGGCGACGACAAUCCAGCUUUUCAGGAACCACCACUGACAGCGACAAUAAAAUCACCGACCAAAUCGCGAUCCAGUGUCUACAUUGACACGUUAGAAAAGAAUUAUCUUCGAUCGCCACCGAACGGGAAGAGUAUUGGAAGCUCUGAACUUCAAAAAGAAAAUAAUAUUGUUAAUAAAAACUAUUCGAGUACAGUCUCGGAGUUUUCGAGCGUCAAAGUGAAGGAUGAUUUUUCUGAUAUCAACGAUGCUUCAAUCAUGACAGGUUUCCUCGAGGAAGAACUCAGUCGUCAAGGAACACCGAUCUUCAACAAAAAAGACCGCAAGAAAAAGCAGAAAAAAGAAAGGUAUAAAGCCUCAACUCUGCGAAUCAGCCCGUCCAGCAUUUCAAGCUCAUCAUCAGACGACACUGUCAAAGAGCGUAAAAUCGAGACUCUUGGGCGGAAGAGAAAAAGACCGGAUCCCACGAGGACGAUUGUUUUGACCGGAAAAACUCAGUCGAAAUGGAAGAAUGCUGAUGUUUUUGGGGUUUACACUUUUGUAGAAUUCAAUGGAAAAUAUACGACGAGGCCGCUUUAUUUGCGAGAGCAGAAAACGCAAGAAAAUCGAAACGUCUACCUCUUCUACAAAGAAACAUCUGAAAAAUGGUGCAUCGGGCCCGAUCCAAAGGGCGAUCAUUGUUGGAUUUACUGCGACUCGACAUCGUCAAUUCCAACGGCAAGGUCAAUGAGCGCGUUUUGGUGCGAACAUGUUGGCGGUGGACAGUGGGAGAAGUGCUCGAUAACUGUCUCGAUCAAAAAAUAA